AAUCACAGUCAGGAAUAAGCCUUUGAGUGUGACCACAAGAAGAACAUCUACCACCAUGAUUUUCCCCUUCAAUAGUGCCUCUGUGACGCUGUGUGUCCUUUUAUUGGACCUCAUCACUCUCACAACGGCAUGUACGGAUGUUGUCACGUCAUCAGGACUUGAGUACAUACUGUGUGACGUCAGCGUGAAUCAGCGUCUGGCGAGGGCUGUAUGUGGUAGCGAUGGAGCAAGGCUGGCCAUGUUCCCCUCUGUGGAAGAGUUCAAAUCUGUGUACUCUGAGCUCAGUGACAAGCAGUGGACCAGCGCUGUUUGGGUAGGGGCGCGCUAUUCAAAAGAUGAACGGGCGUACGUUUGGGACAAUGGACAGUUGGUAGAGGAAAGCGUUAUGUCCCAGACUGGUAGUGACUUGACCCCGACAGCUGGACACUGUUUGAUGCUGAAUAAGGAGUACCGCCUUGAGGCAACGAACUGCAGGACGCUCAUUGGUUUCAUAUGUCAACAUAUUGAGCCCACCACUACUGUGAUGACAACUACUGAAAGACAGACAGAUAGUACUGUCACUGUUGCUGCUGCUGCCACAGGUUAUGGCGAUGGCGAUCCGAGUGGUGGUGCUGCCCCUGGUGGUAAUGUUGUUGAUGUUGGUGGUGAUGGUGUUGAUAGUAAGCCUUUCGUUGCUUCAACUGCGUUUGCUGAUAAAACAUUUAUCACCAUGGCAACACUCACCGUCACAGAGGCUGCUUCGCAGAUGGCGGCAGAUGACAACUUGUAUUCAUCCUCAAAAACCGCCAAAGGUGUCCCUUCAGCUGAACUUGCGACAGUAGCUGCUACCCACGUCGACGCAACAGAAGUCCCGAGACAAAACGUCAAUAAAAUUACUGCUCAAGAUACAACUGCAGAAACGAAAAGUAAGCCCUCCUCCCAAAAGUCUUCGCGUUUGCGUUCAAAAAUCGUUAAAGAAACCAUCGAUGAAACCACCCAACAAAUGGUCACAGACGCAGUUAAUAGUUUCUCCGCAAAAGUCGGUACCAGCCAGAAGAAAGCUGCCAAAUGUCAGCCGUCCAUCGCAGCAGACGCUGACGUAUUGGAAUUUAGCGUAGACAUUGAGAGUUUUGACGACACAACCGACUUCACGGUUGUCGAUCCCGUCCUCUCCAUCAGUUCGCCCGAAACGAGUACGAAAGGAUUCGAAACCGUUUCUUCUUUUACCAUCGAAGAAAUCCCCACAGCAUUGUCUGCCACAGCACCAAUAAUAGAGUUUGAGGAGGCUAUAGUCGAUACGGUGUCAUCUUCAGAGACAAUUAUGAUAUCUGACACGCCUGACAAAGUUGACCGGGGACAAGAUCCUAGCUCAGACAUGCCUCCUUCCUCAUCCCAGUCUGGCAACCUCGUCGCUUCUACAACGACAGUUAUUUCCCCAUUCAACAUCCCAACAAUCACAUCUCCUUCUGGCAACUCUCUCUCCUCAACCUAUACCCCGCCUACCACGACCACAUCCCCUUCAACGUCUCCGAUCAAUGCCAUGACCUCUACCUCUAGUUCAGGUACUGUUUCCACUACACGGCCCACUUUUCCACCCAUCUCAGGCAACCAAGUUUCCUCCACGACAACGAGCUCACAAUCCUUUUCUUUCUCCCCUCUCACAUCCCAACUUGAUGUUUCCUCGAACACUGUUGCGUCAACCACAAAACCACAAGCAACUUCUUUUGCCCCUUCUGUAACUGACUCGAUUAUUUCCAACAACCCCAUUUCAUCAACUUCCAGCCCACAAACUGACACUUCCUCUUCAACUACAUCGGAACCUGAUAUUUUGGACGACUCAACUUCAUUUCUCAGAGGCUCAGAUUUUACAACGUCAUUCUCUUCUUCACCCCAGUCUAGUUCUUCUGAGAAAUCCUUAUCCACAACACCAAGCUCUGAUCCUACUGCCAUCCCCCUUACCCCUUCUCAACCAAAUUUUUCUGGGAAUUCCAAUACUUCUACAACAAAUCCAAAUCCAACUGACGCAUCCCCGAACACAGCUCAACCGGACAUUCCCGAAAAACCCAAGCCGUCUUCUCCCACUUCAUCCGCCGACAUUUCCUCCCCGCCUACGACUCCAAGAGGAACUUCCAAAAACCACACGACCUCCAUCCCUGAUUCUUCAACCACCAGCAUUCCAACGCCUUCUUCUCAGUCUGAUACCUCCAGUAAUUCCACGACCCUGCGCUCCAGUUCAGGUCCUAUUAAAACCUCACUGUCCUCUUCUCAAAAUAUCACUGAAACUCAGACAUCACCCCAGAGCAGCUCCGUCUCACAACACAACAUUUCCGGGACUUCCCAAACCUCAAAUCCUAGCUCACCCUCCACAAAGACACCAACGCUACCCUCUUCUCGUCCUGAGGCUGAAACGCAGAGCACCCCUUCUCAGACCCUGACCAGUUCGUUAAGGAAGUCAAAUUCAUCAGACUCAGUGCUACAGCUUAAGAAAAGACUGAGGUCAUCAGCAGCCACUGAGCAGUGUCCUUGUCUAUGUCUGGACCCAAAUACAGACAAGCGGACUGAGACGGACCUCGAAGAAGAAAAGGCGUCCCUGCAAACUGAGCUCAUGGUGGACAAAAAGACCCUAUCCUCCAGGCGACGUGGCUUGACUAGCGCUGUGGACGAGCGCCCUUCAGCGCAAAGCAUGGGCUACGUGGGUGGCGUGGUGCUGCUUGCCGUGGCUUUCACGCUGGUUGUCAUGGAUGUGAUUGAGUACGUGGCCACAUCACGUUACUUGUCCUACAAUCACGUCACGUGACCAUCACGAGACUGCAUAUUGUUUUCAGUGUGAUUUUUUAAAAAUUGGUUGUUGGUUGUCUUU